GCUGCGAAAGAGCGGCGGACUGGGAGUUGGUCCUCCACGCGUAUUAUAGCCGUUCGGGGCGCGAGCAACGGCCAUGCUCACAUACUAGUGGUUCAGUGGUUACACGGACGCAAACCAGUGUCGGAUCUGAAGUGAAUUUGUGUUUCUAUUAAGAAAAUGGAGAACGUCGCAUCGAUGGUGCGUGGUGGAAACGAGGAGCAGCGGGAGGAGGAGACCGCGGCGGAGGCAUUGCAAUUAGUUAAAAAUGAGGAGAGGAUGGAGCAGGAGCAGCCGCCUUCCGAGGAGGGUGUCUCGGAGCCGGCAGCUGUAGGUCGGGAGCACUCGCCGCCGUCUCACUCCCAGUCAGUUAUUACAUCACGGCGAGCCAUGCGCACUAUUACAACAGCCGGACACAUCACCACGGCCGAGUUAGUCAACGACGAUAGCGUCAAAGACGAGCCCCCAGAGUCUCAAUUGGAGCAUGAUCAGCACCAUCUUCAACAAUACGCUCCUAAGCUGGAAGAAGGCGAGCCUCGAGAUGCGGUACAACAACAUUACAAAGACGAUAGACUACGAUUAGCCGAAGCCGAUUCAGAGGCUCGACACCAUGCUUUUAAACAGGAAACUUACAGGGGUCUAUCGUCGCCAUCCGAAGUCGCCGAUCGUUUACAACAACAGUACCCGCGUGCUCCACCCCAAAGAACUGAUUACCGGCGUGGACUAGCUUUCCGUUACGGAGCGCCUCCUCAUCACGUAGUCGUGGCACAGGAGGGCGAGCCCGAUGAACAUGCGCACGAAGCGUAUCUCGCACAUAAAGAAAAAGCAGAACAAUUACAAGUAUACGCAGCAGCACCCGAUGGCGUUCCAGGCGGCGCGAGUGACGGUAGACAGUAUGGAGCAGUGCUCAGCGAUCAAGCAGCUGCUUCUAGUGCCUUGGAAAUGAUCCAAACAACAUCAUUAAGUAAUCAGCAAGCGAUCGGAGUGGCGUAUCAACCAGUCAAAUAUGAAACGCGCAGUGACAGUGAGCCGCGACCCACUACAUAUGCUAGUUUACAACCAGUCACGUCUGUGCAUGGUGGAUAUAGUGGAUACGCGGGACAGAGUCCACAGUAUGGGAGCUCAGGAUACAGUACAUAUGCCAGUGGAGGCAAAGAAUUGUUAACUUUAUACGGGAAUGGAUCAGGCGGUGCUGGAGCUGGUCCACGCGGGGACGAGUCUCCGCCGGGUCAACUCAUGUACCGGAGUGAUCCUACACUAUCUUCCUCUUCGCUGACUGCUCGCGGAACUCACGUCGUAUAUGGCUCUGUAGUACCACAGACGCAAGCAGUUUACGAGGCUCCACCUAGUCCAAAUUCACAACAAGUAACGUUAUAUACACACGGUAACACGGUGCAAUACAAAGUGGGAGGAGAGCACUACUUGACGCAGGGCGGCGGCGUGGAGUACGUGCCGGUGUCUGGCUACGAGGGCGGCCUGCUGGUUACGGAGGGGUACGCAGCCCCCGCGCAGACCUGGCCCGGGCACAACCUACUAUCCAUCGACGAUGGCUUUGACCCCAACAUGGCUGGUCUCGGCGAAAUGAAGGAGUGCGUGAACUGCGCGGCGGGAACGACCCCGCUGUGGCGCCGCGACGGCACCGGCCACUACCUUUGCAACGCGUGCGGCCUCUAUACCCGCAUCAACGGCGUCAACCGACCACCGCUCAAGGGCCAGAAGACUAAACCACAACAAGCACUGCCAACGAACGGUAACCGUCGUGUGGGGGUGACUUGCGCCAACUGUCGCACCGCCAACACCACGCUGUGGAGACGCAACAACAACGGGGAGCCGGUGUGCAACGCCUGCGGACUCUACUACAAGCUGCACAAUGUGAACAGGCCGCUCAGCAUGAAGAAGGACGGCAUCCAGACGCGGAAGCGGAAGCCCAAGAGCAUGGGCGGCCACGGCGGACACGGCGGCCACGGCGGCGUGGCGCGGGCGGGCGGCGGCGGGCUCGCCGUGGAGGCACACUCGCACAAGGUGCUGCCUCCGCUGUUCGCGGCGGUGGAGGCGGCCGCGGGCGCGGGCGGCGCGGGGGGCGCGGGGGGCCCGCCGCUGCUGCUGCUGCCCGCUGGGCGCCAUCAAGCCGAUAUGGUACCAACGUUAGAGAGGUCGUCGGGGGCGGCGCCGCUCCACUACCGCCCGCCGUAACUGAAGAACUCUUGGAAUCCUGCCUCUGGUUGUGUACAUAUCAGUUAAGGAAAGAAUAGAAAGUAACAGGCCCCACACCGGACUACGUCCUGCGACAUCAUUUAAAUUUAAUCUAUACAUAUAAAUAAAAUUGGAGUGUCUGUUUGUAAUAUUGAAGUAACCGUUUUUUACUACAUGCAUAUGAAUAUAAAUACAAAAAUUGUAAAAAUGUUAUUUUGAUGUAGAACCAUAAAUCAAAAUAAUAUUUUUAAAAUGUUUGUCUGUCUGUCUGUCUGUUUGUUCCGGACAAUCUUUGAAAUGGCUGGACCGAUUCAG